UUUAGUUCCGCAGCGGAAGUCGGUGCUGUUCACACGGCAAUCCGACACUCUCUUCCUGUCUCUCUCUCGCAUGGCGUGUCCAUGGAUUUCGAUUUCGACCUCGACUUCCCAACUACACUCCUUAGUUAAUGGCGUCCCUCUCUCUGUUUAUCUCUUCCUCUCCCUGCGCUUCGCUUCCUUUCUCUUUCUGCUUUUCCCAUCGCGCCCACUUACUCGGGAUUAAAAAAAAUGAAAAAAGAUCAGUGGCUGGGAGAUAGAAAAAGCAUCCCGCGCUGCCGCCUUCCUCGGGUGUUGUCAUCACACUCGUCCUUCUCCUCUGCUGCGAGCUGCUGCCAUAAAUUUCUCUUCUUGACUCCAUUCGGGAGGAACCCAAAAUUUCUCUGAGCUUUUACUGGGUCUUUGACCAUGUAGCACGCUUCGAAUUUAAAAGCACUCUCUCAACUUCCAACUGCUUUGGCCUAAUUCCACCUCCCUACUCUGAAGACCCAUCUAUCCAUCUCGCUUAAAGACACCAAUUUGAUUCUCCUUUGGGGUCGUUUCGAAGUUUGCAGUGAGAUCGAUUGACUUCGAAGCCCGCCCAUGGACGUCGAAUCCGUACCCAAGUUCGCGAAGCCCCCGGCGCAGCGCAGGCGCAGCCACGGAUGCAGGAACGCCUGCCUUGCGCCGGUGGCGGUCCUCGUCCUCAUCGCGGUGCUGAUCGUGAUCCUGGCCUUCACCGUGUUCAAGGCGAAGCACCCCGUGACCACCGUGAACUCCGCGAAGCUCAGGAACCUGCAGGUGUCGGUCAGCAUCGCCCCUCUCGGGAUCAACCUGAACGUGACCGUGGACGUCGACAUCUCCGUGAAGAACCCCAACAGGGUCGCCUUCAAGUACGAGAACAGCACUUGCUUGUUGAAUUACAGGGGAGAGCAAGUCGGGGAGGCCCCGGUGCCGGCGGGCGAGAUAGGGGCCGGCCGGACGAAGCAGAUGAACCUGACGCUCAACGUGCUGGCGAACCGGUUCCUGUCGAACUCGCAGGCGAUGUCGGACUUCCUGUCCGGGGUGUUGCCCCUCAACACGUACACGAAAAUGCCUGGUACGGUGACCAUCUUGGGAUUGUUCAAGGUCCAUGUGGUCUCUACGACUUCCUGCGAUUUGAGCGUGCUUGUGUCCAAUAGUACUCUGGGGAAUCAACAGUGUAGGUACGAGACCAAGUUGUAGUUGGUUGAUGUUUAUGUUGGUUGUUUCUAGGAUUUUAGGGUACACAUGGUAUCUUAGGAAAAUCGAUUUUCCACAUGGACAUGUCUAGCUGCUUGCACUUUAUAGUAGAUUCUUUGCCUAACUGCUUGCACUUUAUAGUAAAUUCUUUGCAUGAUGGACGGAUUCAUAAAAUCAUUUAGUCGAUGGUUCUUUGUUUGUA